CGGGAAAUGGUUUCCGAUAGAGCUCCGAGGACGGUGAGGUCCCGUAUGAAGAGCGGUGGGAUAUAAGACAACAGAGGUCCCUGGUGGUUUAAGAGCAGUGUUAAGCUGUCCUCGGUACCUUUUGAUUCCUUCCAGAUUGUGCAUUUGCGUCAGUUGUCUCAGACUAGAGAGCAGGAAUUCACGUCGCUUCUCGUCACCGCCAUUAUCCGUACAUUCUUCUUUCUUUGAUACCCUCACGACCGUCAAGCUACGGUACGAGUUGCAUAUCAGAAGAAACAGACAUAGACAUAGACCGCACGCUACCCCCGAACGCCGGAUCGAGCUCUGUUACACCACCAACAACCAGCACCACCACCCGAACAGUAGAAAGAAGCAAGAACAAAAAUGUCAACCAAGAAGCUCCAAGUAGGCGUCGCAGGCCUCGGCCGCAUGGGCAAGCGCCACGCCCUCAACUUCCACCAAAACGUCCCCCGCGCGACCCUCGUGGCCGUCAGCUCGCCCGACGCCGGCGAGCGCCAAUGGGCCGCUGAGAACCUCGCCCCUCACGGCGUAAGCGUUUACGAGUCCUACGACGACAUGCUCGCCCACAAGGGGCUGGAAGCCGUCUGCGUGGCAUCAGUGACCUCUGUCCACGCCGAGCAGGCCAACAAGGCUAUUGAGAAGGGGAAGCACGUCUUGUGUGAGAAGCCGUUGGGCACCACAGUUGAAGUUUCACAAACGGUCGUCGACGCAGCCGCAAAACGUCCCGACCUAAAAGUAAUGUGCGGCUUCUCCCGCCGCUUCGACGCCUCCUACCGCGACGCCCACGCAAAGAUGCAACAAGGCCUCAUCGGCCGUCCCGCCAUCCUCCGCAGCCAGACCUGCGACGUCCUCGACCCCUCGGGCUUCUUCGUCGCCUACGCCCAGUUCUCGGGCGGCAUAUUUGUCGACUGCAGCAUCCACGAUAUUGACCUCGCGCUCUGGUUCUUUGACGAGGAGACCACCAAAGUCAAGUCCGUCCACGCCGUCGGUAUCACCGCCGUCGAGCCGGACCUGCGGAAGCACAAUGAUCGCGACAAUGCCGUUGGCACGGUCGAAUUUUACGAUGGGCGGAUCGCGUACCUAUAUGCUUCGCGCAUGAUGGCUGCGGGCCAGGAGGACUCGACAGAGAUUAUUGGUACCAAGGGCAAAUUGUCGGUUAACCUGUUGCCGGCGGAGAACCACGUAAAGAUUUACACGCCGGGAGGCAUCCGGCAGGAGCUGCCACAGACGUACUGGGACCGCUUCAAAGCUGCUUUCACAACGGAGGCAAUUGAGUUUACCGAGAGCGUGCUGGAGGAUAAGCCUGUGCCGGUCAAGUUGGCUUCAGCGGUGGCUGCUGUCAAGAUUGGGGCGGCGUUGCAGGAGUCUAUGAUCAAGGGUAACAAAAUCUGGUUUGAUGAACAGGGUAACCGGACGGAGAAGGCUCAGUUGUAAGACAGUAAAUUACAUUCGGCCUUCGUGGCCUUGAUCAAUCUUC